GAUGAUGUCACUGAUGUGGUGGUCGCUUUUAGUGAGUUUAUUAGCAUACAGAAACGUGUCUGCAAAUGAGCUUCCUUUAGAGACGAACGUGAAGGCAAAUGCUUGUAAUAUUACCGGUGCAUGGCGCAAUGAACUGGGUUCCACCCUCCGUGUGAAAGUGGAAGGAUCGCAGGUCACGGGAGUUUAUCAGACCGCGGUGGAGUCCACGCGUGGGGCAGCGGGCCGUGAACGCAAAGCUAAAAUCAUCGGAGUAGUUGGUGAAGGGCCUCAACCUACAGUUUCAUUUGCCGUGAUGUGGGAGAAAGGCUCAUGUUCUGCUUGGGUUGGUCAGUGCUUCGUUUUACCUGAUGGUGUGCGAGUACUGAAAACCUUCUGGCUGUUACGCAGCGUAGCUGACAACUUAGCAAGCAACUGGGGAAGUACCAGGUUGGGAGAAGAUCUGUUUUUCAUGACUUGAAUUUUAAAUACGAACUCUGUAAUACAUCCCAUUUAAAUGACUUAAAGAUGUUGAUUUUUUUUUCAGUAAGCUUGUGCAUUAAACCCUACUGACACAUUCAAAGUUCGAAAAUCCCUCAUGUAAUAAAAGACAGAAAGGCAGAACAAGGGAAAAAAAUGCUAAAUGAUUUGUGACAGUCCUUGAGCAUGUGAUGGUUCUUCUGCAAGUUUAGACUGACAGCAUCUCAUAUGUCUAGCUGCAGGUGGUUCUGCUGGAGAGCGUUUGCAGUCUGAUUCUAUUGUGCUGAGACGUGUUUAAAAAAACCUCAAUCAUCACCAUAUCGUACCAUUCUACCAUUUAUCUCUGGCCAAAGUGAAUCUUGAAGUUGUCAACGACUUGAGUUUUAAUACACCUGUGCACAAACACUUUAGGUGCUGUUGAAAGAAUAUACAAGCAGGUUUAAGCUCCGUGUGGUUAGAAUUGGUGAACUUUAUAGUAUGGAGUGAGAUCCUGACCAGUGCUGAUGGAGGUAGUUUUGUGUGGUUUAAAUUAUGCAUGAUCUUGUCAUGGUUGUGUUAGCUGUACUGCUUGGAGAGGAGAGGAGGGGAAGGUUAGAGUAAAAAAUCUGCCAGUUUGCACAGUGGUUGAAUACACAAUGACUUUCACAACUGUUCAGUUUUUAACCUGUGUGCCAAAUACUGUACCACUAUACCUCCUGACUGGA